AUGGCCUCGACCCCGAUCGCCCCUUACGACAAGGACCAUGAGGAUCCGAACGGCCCUGGCGAUGCUCGACCCACGGCGUUAAAAGUCAUCCGAGACCAAGGACUCGAUGGCAAACUUCAGGGGAAAGUCUUUUUUGUGACGGGGUGCACGAACGGAAUCGGGGUCGAGACAGCCAGGGCGUUGCAUGCCACCGGCGCUGAUGUUUACAUCACGGGGCGUGACACGGCAAGGGGCGAAGAAGUCGCGAAACGAAUAAUGCAUGACGGCAAGCCGGGCAAGGUGGUCUUCAUUGAAAUGCACUUGGACUCGCUAGCCAGUGUUCGAGAUGCAGCAUCAAAGUUUCUGCAGUUGAGCGACACGCUGAAUUGUUUGAUAUGCAAUGCUGGUGUUGGGUUGCACCCUAAAGCUAGGACUAGAGAUGGAUUCGAAAUGCACUUUGGUACCAAUCAUUUGGGGCACUUUGCCCUCUUCGAAGCUCUCAAAGACACUCUCCUCAAGUCCUCAAGCCCAUCGUACCCGUCAAGGCUUGUCAUGGUAUCUUCGCGAUCUCAUCUCGCGAGCUCGGUUGACCUCGAUGAUUUGAAUCUCGAGACGACGACGUAUGAUACACACAGCGCAUACGGCGCCUCAAAAACAGCUAAUAUCUGGAUGGCGAACGAAGUCGAGCGACGGUAUGGCUCAUAUCACCUACACGCCACCUCUGUUCAUCCCGGCGCAGUGGUCUCUAGUCUAAGCCGCCAUGUCGGGGAAGACUUCAUGAAGAAGCUGUUUGGACCUCCUGAAAUCGCGAAGCUCAUCAAAUCCUCCGAGCAAGCCGCCGCCACGACGAUCUGGGCUGCUGUCGGUGCCGAAUGGCAACACCGGGGCGGCAAGUAUCUAGCUGAUGUCCAAGAAGGCGUCCCGUCUGAAACGUGCACCGAGGGCAGAACAGGACCUGGGUACGCGCCGCAUGCUUUCGAUGAAGAGAAGGCAAAGCGGCUAUGGGAAUUGAGUGACGAGAUCGUGAGAGCUACAUGA